AUGGUUUACAACGCACGUUGGGGUAUUCUAGCUACCGGAGGCAUUGCUAAAACCUUCGUAAAAGACCUCCUCAAAGACGCCUCAGCCCGCAAUGCCUCCGACAUAAGUCACACCGUCACCGCAGUCGCAAGCUCCUCGUCCGCCAGCCGCGCACAAGACUUCAUCACCGAGCUCUCCAUCCCCGGCAGUCCCAAAGCCUACGGAUCAUACGACGAGCUGGUCAAUGAUCCCAACGUAGACGUCAUCUACGUCGCGACCCCCCAUUCGCAUCACUACCAAAACGCGCGUCUGGCGCUGGAGGCGGGUAAAAAUGUGCUGUGCGAAAAGGCGUUUACCGUUAAUGCGGCGCAGACGAAGAUACUCGUUGAUCUCGCCAAGGCUAAAGGAUUGUUUUUGAUGGAGGCUGUGUGGACGAGAUAUUUCCCUUUGAGCGUUCAAGUGCGCGAUAUUAUCCAAAAGGAGGAGGAGAUUGGGGAGGUGGUUCGCGUGCAGGCAGAUUUGAGUAUAGGAAACCCCGACGGAUUCGAUGUUGCGAGUCGCAUGGUGAAUUUGGAUCUUGCGGGUGGUGCUUUACUCGAUUUGGGAAUUUACUCCCUCACAUGGGUCUUUCAGACCCUUUACCACACUCUUCCCCCUUCCCAACGCAAACCCCCUUCUUCAAUUCAAUCUUCCAUGGUGAAAUAUCCCGCCACUGGCGCAGAUGAAGAUACCACCAUCCUUCUCACCUUCCCCACAACGACACCAAACAACAACAGACGCACUUCUCAUGCCGUCGCCAUGACCGCUUUUGCAGUUGAUUCUCACCCCAAGGGCACACCCUCGGUGCGCAUUCAGGGCACGAAAGGUGAGAUUCAAAUCAUUGGUCCUGCGUUUCGGCCGGUGAAGUAUCGCGUUGUCCCGACGGAUGAGUCCAAGCAGAUUCGAGAGGUGGAGCCCGAGUUUCCUGCUGGUGGGCACGGAAUGUACUGGGAGGCAGAUGAAGUGGCGCGCUGUCUGAGAGAUGGAAAGCUAGAGAGUGAGGGCAUGCCGUGGGAGGAGAGUAUUGUGAUUAUGGAGGUUAUGGAUGAGGUCAGGAAGCAGAAUGGGCUGGUCUAUCCGGAGAAGAUUGAGAGUGUUGAGUAUCCUGUUGCCUUGUAA